AUCUGCAGAGGUGGGCGUGGAACUGCUUUCGUCAGCGGUCCUCUUGGUUUUGGUGCCUGCGAGAAGGAGCUGCCAGCUAACGUUAGCUAGCUAAAAAAAACGGAACGAUUGACAGACAAGAACAGCGAAAGCACCAACAACAAAAAGCUGGUGCGUCAGAAGGGGGAGGCUCAAUUUACCGUUUCGUUUUUGUUUAGCUCAUUAUUAAUUUUGUUUGAAAACAAACCCUACCCCCUCACCCCUAUUAUUUUUUUGUUGGUCCCAUAUACAUUAUUUUGUUUGUGAUACCUCCUCCAGCUUUGGGAGCAGUGMGGGGUCUUCAUGGCUGUUCGAAGAGGCCACAUCAGGUACCUAAAAGAGGUGUAUGACAUGUCCAACGGCUACGAGGAUCACAUGGGAGGAGGAGAUGAGGUGACGGAUGCCAAGACCAACCUGAUAGUCAACUACCUUCCCCAGAGCAUGAGCCAGGACGAGCUACGCAGCCUCUUCAGCAGCAUUGGCGAGGUGGAGUCCGCCAAGCUCAUACGGGACAAAGUGGCAGGCCACAGUUUAGGGUACGGAUUUGUUAACUAUCUUACCCCUAGCGAUGCAGAAAGAGCUAUCAAUACUCUGAAUGGACUAAGGCUACAGUCUAAAACUAUCAAGGUUUCAUAUGCGCGGCCGAGCUCUGACACCAUUAAAGACAGCGAUAAACCCCCACUACAAUCUCUCACCUUCGCCGCCAUGGCGAUCGGCAGCCUCAACGGUUACCGCCUCGGGGACAAGAUCCUACAGGUGUCGUUCAAGACCAGCAAAGGCCACAAGUAGAGAGAAAUCGUGGGGGGGAUAGAGGGAGGAGAGAAACCUCACGCCAGGCUUCUAAUAUGGAGGGUAAAUUGCCACAGUUUGACAAAACAAACUUGUUUUUAGCGUUAUCUCACUAAGCCCAUUCUCACUCUGCAUCUUUGUACUAGUCUAACAGAGAGUCUAGGCUGAGUUUGAUAUUUCUCUUGUUGUUUUUUUACUCAUGAUUUGGGAUGUUCCAAACGCAGUUAUCUAUGUCCAUCCUGAUAUGGUGACCAAUUUCACGAUUCAAGACUAGAUUGUUUUUCCUGUGAAACUAAACUAGUGUCACUAUGUGCCAUAUGAAUGGUAGGACCACGGUAGGGACUUGGAGAAGGAUGCGUCACAUUCAUACGUCUAGUCCCCCACUGUAGGAGGAAGCAUGCUGUCUUAGACGCUGGUUCCAGUGUAGCCUGUACCCUGUCAAGCCAUCCACUGUCUCCAGCCAUUCUAAAAGAAAAGCACUUUUUAAAUCCUUAUUGUAUAAUGUCAGCCGUUAUAGAACGUAAAUCAUACAUUGGUCUUCUCUCACCUUGCAGAAUCAGUUUUAUACACAGCAAGUUAGGUACUGAAUGGUACCAUUACAUAGCAGCGCGUGUGUCCUGUUUUUGGGGGUCUUUUAAAAGUUGAAUCUCUGAGAGGCCAUGUAAAAAGGUCUGGAGAUUUUAAAGUAGGGAAGUGUUUAAGAAGGACCAAAGAAAUGGAAGGAUAAGCUCUAACUGCCCCAGGGCCCGUUCAAAUGCUGAUCGAGGAUCAGUUUGGCCUUGUCGAUCCUAGAUCAGCAUUCAGUCCUCUGAGAAGCUUUUGUGAAUAGGGAAGAUGCUUACCGUUAUUAUUCAUUUCCCCUCACCAGUAGUAGUUUGGACAUCUGAACAACCGGUACGAAGGCUGAAUCUAACAUAAAGUGGGGCAACACUGCUCUCUCUCAUCCAGUUUGCUGUUUUUGUUAAAAAAAACUAAGUUGUCUCUAUCUUUUGAUGUUUUUCUUGAAUUUUCUUUCUGAGAGAGACUAACUUUUCUUUUUUCGUCGAAGCGUAGAUUACUGAUCGUAGAGUUGGAAGAGUUUUAAUUUAAUUUUUUAUGCUCAUCUCGAGCUAAAGAAGAAUUUAUGGCCUUUGUGAUUUAUUUUUGUUGGUAUAGAUUUGUUUUGAUUGUUUUACUUUGCAUAUGCAAUCAUUAAAUUUUAUUUAGAUUUGACUCAA